AUGCUCGGAGGCCUGUCACUCUCACAUUAUGUCGCAUUUCUGGCUGGAUUUAUAGUGGUUUUCUAUAAGUUUACCGGAAAAAAUGGAGCAGAAAAAGUGCACGUGGAUGGAGAAGUUGCAGAGAAGUGGAGAAACGUGGAAGAUGUUUUUCGGAAGAACCUGGAACAAAACUGGGAAAGAUCUGGAGCAGGGUUCGUUGUCUACCACAAAGGCCAGAAAGUUGUGGAUAUUUGGGGAGGAUAUUCAGAUAGAGAAUCACAAAGAAAAUGGACGAAAAAUACACUUUCGAUUGCAUUCUCGUGCACAAAGGCGAUUGGAGCAAUUGUGAUUGCAAAACUUGUCGAUGAGAACAGACUACAGUAUGAUGAUUUAGUUACGAAAUACUGGCCUGAGUUUGGAAAGCAUGGAAAACAAAAUGUAACGAUUCGAUGGUUGAUAACUCAUAAGGCUGGUUUAGCUUAUCUCGAUCAUCCGGUUUCAUUACAAUCAGCGAAAAAUCCAGAAGAAAUUGAUCGGAUUCUGGCGGAACAAAAACCAAAUUGGCCGCCUGGAACUGAAAUUGGAUAUCAUGCAGUCACUCAUGGAUGGUUGGUUGAUGCGAUUGUGAGAAGGGUGGAUGUUAAAAAAAGGACUGUUGGUCAAUAUUUUAGAGAAGAGAUUUCACAGAAACAUGAAAUCGAGUUCUACCUUGGUCUCCCUUUAAGUGAACAACAUCGAGUCUCCAGAAUCGAAAACCCAAGUUUCUGGAAUGUUCUAGAAGAAAUCGCCUACUCGCCAAGUGAUUAUGAUGUUAUCCGUUUUAUGAAGGAUAGAAUUUUCAACGGAACUCUAUCAAAAUCUGCAGCCUCUACUCCAUUUGUUCAGUUUGUGGGGGCCAUGACACUCAACAAUCCAGAUCUUCAUCGAAUCGAACAGACAGCUGUUCUUGGAAUUGGAACCGCCCGUUCACUGGCUCAAAUUUUCGAAUUGCUGAGAUUAGGAAAGAUUGUUUCGAAGGAAACAAUGAGACAAAUGUUCUCUGAAAAUUAUGAAAUUAGUGAAGACUAUAUCAGUGGAGCAAAAGUACCAAGAGGACAAGGAUUCAUGCUGAAAGAGUUUGAGCAUAACGGGAAAACAGUGAAAAUGUACGGUCACAGUGGUUACGGAGGUCAGAAUAUUCGAACAGAUUUCCAUAACGAGAUCACAAUUUCCUAUUUGAGUAACGGAUUGAAAGUUGGAUUCGGAGACACGGCGAGGACUUAUAAGAGACUUUUAAAAGCUGUUUAUGAUACAUAUUUCGAAUUGAAUUGA